AUGGCCCCGGGGGACACAUAUGUCACGCCGCGACGGAGCGCCCGCGCGCCGCGCGCGAGCACAGGCGUACCCGUGAAACGCCCCAAAAGGCCCUCUAUCGGGAUACCUGCGGGCAUCUACGGAGAAGACACGCACGGCCGGACCGUCGACGCAAAGCUCCGUCCGGGCUCGCCUGCAUCUGCGCUGCGCCGAGGCGGUGGCCGCCGCGCGCUGACGCCGCGCUCCAGGGGCAAGGGCAAGGGGAGGCGCACCGCGCCGCCCCAGCCGCCCCCGUCGCCUGCCCGGGCGCUGCUCACGCAGGCGCGGCGCGCGGCGGCGCGCGGCGCGGACGUGCGCGGCCGGCGGCCGUUCAUCAUGGACGUCAUCCUGAACGCGCGCGCGCCGGUGUCCGAGUACAGCGAGGACGUGCUCAUGGACGCGCUCGAGCGCAGCCAGGCGGCGCUGCCCCGCGCGCGGCGGCACUACGCCUUCGACGGCGUGGAGAGCGUGGACGCGUACUGGGCGGACCAGGCGGCGCUGUGGCGCGGGGUCGCGGCGGACCAGAGGGACGGGUCCCCGCUGCAGCGGUACCAGGUCUCCGCAGAACGCUCGACGGCUGGCUGGGAGACGGACGGGGACGAGGACGCGGCCUCGUCGACGUCCGGCCCGUCCGACUGCGGCCUGGUACCUGUCGCCUCCCUCCCAAGCUCCCCCAGCUACAGCGCAGGCAGCAUUGACGGUGGAUGGUUUUAUAGCGGUCCGCCAAGGCUCCUACUAGAGCAACCGGUAGAGAUGGGGGAUUCAGAUGCCUGA